CUCUCUUUCUCUGAACUUAGGUACGUGUGAAUGGCUGCUAGCUAGCAUGGUGGAAAGCUGUCCACUCUCAUUGUCUUUCUCUAAAAAUAGCAACUCAGAAUUCCAAUCUCUUGAAUUUUCUAUUCCAGUUGAGUAAAUCAUCUUUCCACUUCACUCCACUUUACUUCCAUCUUCCACUGUUUGCAAACUCUCUCUCAAACACUGCCUUUCCUUUUCUCGCUCCCUCUUUCUCUUUCAGUAUACUUUUCCCGAUUCUCUAUUUUUCCCUCCUUCGACUCUGCUUCAGCAACCGCGCACCCUCUUUGUCUUCACCAUAUUCACCUAUUUGUUUUCUUCUACGUUUCUUUCCCUCUUCUUUUCACGCGCUCUUCUCACUCCUUGUCCCUUUCUGCUUCUUCUCUCGCGGCUUCUUCUUUCCUUCUUUAAUCCGUUUGGUUUCUCCAAAAUCGAAGACCUUCAUGUCUUUAGGAGAGUAAAUUCAUUGUCUUUCUUUGUUGGGUAAUGUAAAAUAAUGCUUUUUCAGUGGCUACCUUUCUGCUCAACUCAGGCAACAUGACCCCAAAUUCCAGCUCUGCCUGGUCAUAGCCAAUUAGGAACACUGUUCGGAUACUAUUUAAGAGUCAAUUGUUGUUUGGUCCUGUCUAAUUGUCUUGCACCUACCCUGGUUCUUUUGCAUGUGAUGGAAUCUUGGAGCUUUGUCCCUGAAGAAAAGGAGAGUGUCUCCAAUGAGGCACUAUCCCCUCCCAACACUCUCGGGAGGACCAUAAAUUCUUUCUUGGGCUGGGAACUAAAAACCCCAUGUGGUUUUUCCAACGACAUGUUGGGUUUGGGUCAGCACCCCAUUGAGAAUCAAGGUUUUGAGGAAUUGGGUUUUCCUGAAAUGUUGGGCAAACACUUGUCCGAUGAUCUAAUUGCCAGUGUUUCAAGCAGAAAGGUGGAUGCUGGUAGGCAUCAACAACACCAACACAGUGACAGAAUCACUGGAACUGUUGUGGAUGCCCCAAGUGGCUUUUCUCAAAGAGGGGACUCAAAUUCCAAGCUUUCAAACUCAAAUUCCCUCAUUGAUUUGAAACUGGGUCGAUUUGCUGACCAUGGAGAUGCCAUUGAUGCGGGGUUUUCCAAAGUUUUGUCUUCUUCUGAGUCAUCAACGCCUCCCAAGAGAGUGAGAGUUUCGGGGGUUCACUCUCAGACUGCUUAUUGCCAAGUCUAUGGCUGUAACAAGGAUCUCAGCUCCUGCAAAGAUUACCACAAGAGGCACAAGGUGUGUGAGGUUCACUCCAAGACUGCUACCGUUAUAGUCAAUGGUAUUGAGCAAAGGUUUUGCCAGCAAUGUAGUAGGUUUCAUUUGCUGGCUGAAUUUGAUGAUGGUAAGCGAAGCUGCCGUAAACGCCUUGCAGGUCAUAAUGAGCGUAGAAGAAAGCCACAAAUGGGGAUUCACCCCGGAAAGUCUGGGAGGUUGCUUCAGCCAUGUGGGGAUAGCAGAUUCCAGGGAUCCAUGCUAACAUCAUCCUUUAUCCGCCCAGAGAUGCUUCCUAGUGGGGUCAUGUGUUCUGAGAAAUAUGGUGUGAGUAGCUUCUGGAGACCUAUCAAAGCAGAACAGGGGGCUAGUUUUAGGCAUCUUUCUUCUAUGCCUGUAUCCAAUGGACAUCCUCAGUCAAGAUCUUUGUUCCCAUCAUAUAACGGAAAACAAUUUCCUUUUCUUCAUGAAAAUUGUGCAACGUCCACCACAGGAAGCAUCUUCUGUGAGAGCAAUAGCCACUAUCCACAUGCCCUUGGGGCACAAAAUUCUGGGUUAAGACCACUAUUCCAGGACACCAUAGGAAAUGAGGACUUCAAUGUUUUUGAUACAGCAUCAACUGUUCAAGGAUUAUCGGGGAUUUCAGACUCUUGUUGUGCUCUCUCUCUUCUGUCAUCUCAAUCCCAGAACUCUUCAAGCCAAUCAUCAGGAAUUCCCUUGACUCACUCCAUGGUUAUUCCAAGCGGUCAUGGCCAUCACUACAACAUGAGUCAGGUCUCUGAAAAGAUAGGAAUAAGCUCACAGACUUGUUCAAGCCGAGUGUCAGAUAGUUUUCCUUCAGAACUAAAUCAUGCAGAUGGAAGUCAUCUCAGUCCUGUGUUAAUAUCAGACCACAAUGAUAUUGUAAACUUUGAUAUGGCAGAUGGUAUAUUCCAUGGUUCAGAAUUCAUGAAUGUGAAGGAUCGACUUCCCUGCGAAGAUGGUGCAACCAUAGACUUGCUACAAUUGUCAUCACAGCUUCAGCGAGUUGAGCAUGAGAGGCAAUCCUUGCAGGUGAAGCAAGAGAAUGAUUCUUCUUGCACUCUGCGGAUUACAUAAAAUACUUUGUGAGAGGAAAAGGGUCGUGCAUCAUGCGAGGGUCAUCUUAGAAAACGUAGGCCACGGUGAAAUUGAAUCGUCAAAUGGUGCUAUUUUCAUCUGUUGCUAACUCUUUAAGGUAGUUUGCUUGUGCUGAUUCGGUUCAAGAACUUGUCUGGAGAAUAACUGAUGUACUAAACACGUCAGGGGCUACAUCUAUGUGAUAUUAGUUAGGACGCAAUUGUCCCAAAUGUAAUAUAUCCAUCUGGAUGUAAUAAACAAAAGCCUUAGAUGUAUGAAACUAUGCUUGUCAUGGCAUAAACAUUUCAAACCAGGACAACCGUUUACUGGAAUUGACGUUCGAUUUCGUGCCAACUUUGGCAAUGACAUUUUUUGUCGUACUGAAA